GUGGGUCAGGGGUGAGCGGCUCCCAACGUCACAAGCUUGCAAGAUGGCGCUGGCAGGAAAGCCGUGAGAUGAGGACCGGGCAGGAAUAAACCGGGAGGACGGGCGAGGAGAAGGGGGCGAGGGGUGGAAGACGGGCACAAGUCCGCGCCGGAGACAUGCAACUCCAAAGGUAAUGUUGCAUGUUGCCCCAGGGCGAACUUCCCCUGUUGGUAUCUGAGUGAUCCCUGCUGGGCCUUCAUUCCACAUCGGUACAGCCACGUUCUAUUGAUGGCCUGUUGUGAUUUCAAUGGAACAUCAUGGGAUGUAUCUGGCACGUCGGGCAGCACUGGAUGGAGGUGCCUUUAGCCCAAUGUACCUGGCAUGGUGAUAAAGUGAAAGGGGAAAGGAAGAGAAAGUGGAGAUGGAACUGCCAAAUCAUGCCAAACAACUGCUUCUGCAGCUGAAUCAGCAACGAGCCAAAGGUUUCCUCUGUGACGUGAUCAUCGUAGUUGAAAAUGCCCUCUUUCGCGCCCACAAGAACAUCCUGGCAGCCAGCAGCAUGUAUUUUAAAUCCCUCGUCCUGCAUGACAACCUGAUAAAUUUAGAUACGGACAUGGUCAACCCCACUGUGUUCCGUCAGAUCUUGGACUUUAUUUAUACUGGGAAGCUCUUAAUGACUGACCAGCCCGGUGAACAGAACUUUAAUGCUCUCCUCACCGCAGCAAGCUACCUCCAACUACAUGACCUAGCAGCCCUUUGCCGAAAGAAGCUGAAACGCAACGGGAGGUCUUUCACUGGCAGGGCCGGCGGUGCCCCCAGUGUUGGGAGACCCCCGCGGAGUCAGAGACUUUCCACUGCUUCAGUCAUAACUCGUUAUUCAGGGUCAACUGAGGGGAUGAAGGGCUCUCACUCAAAGGAGAUGCCAAAGGGAAAGAUCUCAGAUGAUGAGGUCUUCAUCAGCAGUUCCAACCAAGAGAACUCUCAUGCUUUGAACAGGGGGAUCGGUAAGAAUGGUGGAGACGGGAGCAGUAGCAGUGCUAAUGGGAGCAGCGGAGACCAAGAGCUUGGCCUUGAUCUGUCCAAGAAAAGCCCCUCGCUCCCUACAGCGGCAUCUCUGGAUGACAUGCAGCACAGCGAAAGCCAGCGUGGUUCCCCCCGACCUGCCUCAGCCCCCGCAGCCAACAGUGCCUCAUUGUUCGACGAGUCCGCCGCUGGAGCCCCACCGAACCUAGCUGACAACUGCGAACCCAUGGAAAUGGACUUGAGCGAGGACCGCCAGUCCCUCCCAGAAGGCAACCAGCGAAAGAGCCUGCGUCACUCAUCGCGUAAGAAGGAGUGGAUCAAAAAGGACAAUGCCUUUGACAGGAAAGAAAGUGGCAAAGGUACGGAAGAAAGCGAGGGACUCCCCAAUGGUAUUCUGAUGGGUCCCUUGUGCAAGUCAGCAGAGCGGAAUCUGGGACUGGGCGCCUAUGGGGCAGAGCUGCCAUUUCCAUGCAAAGAGGAAGUGGAGAACGGCAAGGAGAACAGUGAUGAGAGCGGGCAGAGUGAAAGCGAGAGCGGCGGGCACACCAGCGCCAACUAUGUCUACCGGCAGGAAGGCUACGAGCCAGUGGCCUUCGGGGACAACCUCUAUGUCUGCAUCCCUUGUGGAAAGGGCUUCCCCAGCUCCGAGCAACUGAACGCCCACGUGGAAACACACACAGAGGAAGAUCUUUACAUCAAAGAAGAAGGCACGUAUGACGAUAAGGAGGAGGAAGCAGAGGAUUUGUCCAAUCCCAACCAACCCUACACCUCAGAAUCCCGGCCCUUCAAAUGUUCCGUGUGCGAGAAGAGCUACAAAGAUCCAGCCACUCUCCGGCAGCAUGAGAAGACUCACUGGCUGACGCGGCCGUUCCCUUGCAAUAUCUGUGGCAAGAUGUUCACCCAGCGGGGCACCAUGACGCGGCACAUGCGCAGCCACUUGGGCCUCAAGCCCUUUGCUUGUGAGGAGUGUGGGAUGCGCUUUACCCGGCAGUACCGACUGACAGAGCAUAUGCGUGUCCACUCAGGGGAAAAGCCCUACGAAUGUCAACUGUGCGGCGGGAAGUUUACCCAACAGCGAAACCUCAUCAGCCACCUGCGGAUGCAUAGCUCUCCUACAUAAGCCAAAGACUCUGCAAUGAGUUCUGAGCCCACCCGCCAUGAACAUACCUUUCCCUAGACUUGCUGCUUUAAAACAAAAUUAUAUAUAUAUAUAUAAAUAUAUAUAUGUGGGCCAUUCCCUUCCCUCUUCAGUCAUGGGAGGCCUCAACCAAACAGAGCUUUAUUUCUCUUCCCCCCUCCCCCCAAAAAUAUGAAACCAGUCCACAUGGAAGCUGCUGCCUCUCCCCUCAUUUUACACUUUCUUUGCCUGAUAGGUCAGAUUGUAGUCAGAAAUGCCACUAUUCAGCUAGGCUGUGUGGGUAUAUAUAUAAUUUAACUGUGAGCUCCAUUGUGGGGUGUGUGAGAAAUGGUGUCCUUCCAGGCUGAUAUGAAUUGGAAAUGUGGAGAAAGGGCUGGUCUUUGACAGAAAGAACAGGCCUUGCUGCUUCUCCUCCCUCAGUUUACUUCCUUAGCACUUUGGUAUUUGCUUUACAAACUCUAACCAAGUAUUCCCCCCCUCCUUGCGCUAAGAAGGGCACAGAUUUGGCCUAUCCUGUGGCUAUAACCAUUAGCUGUGGGCUGUUAAUCUCUUCCUGCUCUAUUAAAACAUGAAUUAUUUCUCCCUGAAAGUAAUCAGCAUGAGGGCAUUUCUUAUCAGCAGAAUGCCACUUAAGCUUUUUUUUUUUUAAGUACCCCUUCCGUGAUUUCUUUUGGAAAUCUGGCAUAAAGGACAGUAGAAGCCACGGCUAUCAGCUGACAUAGGUGGAAGUUCAGGUGUUUGGAUCUGUUGACCUGAAAGGGCAAAAGGAUUCUACCUUAGUGAUGGGGUGUUUUACUUUUGGGGGGGGGGGGUUGCAUGCUGUAAAAGGAGUGCUUUCAUAUUAGGAAGGCGGCAAUGUGUUUUUCCUUUUUUUUCUGUAGUGGGAGUUCUGCGUUCAGCCUGGGUUAAGCUUCUCCAAACACAGAACAGUUUCCCCAACCCUCUCCAUUUUAGCUUCUUCAGCCUUAUCCAUGACUGAAUGGGGGGCUGGGUGCCCGGGGAAUUUCUUUCAGUGAAUAGGGGUCGAUCAUCUUUCCUUUUCCUCUCCCUCCCCCACGCUAGUUUUGUAUGACUAUUCUUUAAAUAGAGGUACUUGUUUUUUGUUAAGAGAAUAAAGAAUUGUUAACGUUUCUGUAAUUGUUGGAACUGGAAGGUUUGAGGUUACUCUUUGGAGCAGGCGGGGCGUGGGUUUUGUUGUAGGCUGGAAUUGCUACAAGUUCCUUUAGGUACCUUUUAAAAAUAUUUUAUUUGUGUGUGCGUGUGGAUGUGUGUGUAGCUUCUCCCUCACUAAAGAACGAGAUGGUCUGAAUAGGCUCGUUACUUUUGCUACCUCUUGAAUUCAUGAGAACAGUAAGAUGGUUAGUAAAAUAUUAGGCGUGGUAUUUGUUUGUCCCUCCCCACCCCAAAUGUAAGUAAGUGUAUAAAGUAGAAAUUAAAUUAAAAAUUAAGGGAUUUUUACCACUUCCGUUCUGCUAACAGGAAGUCAGCUAAAACGAUCGGCCAAAGACAAUAGUUGUUUGUUUUUUUCUUCUUCUCAAAGCCAGAGGCCCAAGUGAAUAGCUCUGUAAAGGGUCACUGACACACCAAAUUUUUGAUUUUCAAUCCAGGUAGAAUGUCUCUUCUUGACAAAAUAAUGGGACAAAUUUCCUUUAAAAAGAGAGAGAGGUUGUGUUCUUUCUAACUUUGUUUAUUGAACCUGGUUGCAACUGAUGGUGGGGGGCGGGGUUCUCUUAUCUUUGGCUUUCCCAAGGGCAUCUGGCUUAGUAUGCCAUCAGGGGACACAAUGAAAGAAUCCUGCUGAGACAGGCAAUCCAGAGUGCAAUAUGGGGUGGAAACCAAGCCAAAGUGUUUAAUAUCCUCCCUUAUGUUGUUGAUGGGGGUGGGGCGUGUUGGAUUUUUUGUCUGCAGAAAACUUUGACCCAAGCAUACUUAGUUGGAAAAAUGGAAGCAAAUGUCUCACUGCAUCUCUGUAAGACAUCAGAGCCAACAGCUGCUAUAGGACGAGGUUGAGAGGACAGGGUAUCACCUGCCAUUUUGGGGUCCCUUGACAAUGUUGGCGUGACCUUGUUAAUUUUAAUUUUUUUGUCAGUUUUUUAGGGGUUUUUUGUAGGAGUGAAGUGUGAUGACUUCUUUUUCUUAAUGGACAGAAUAUGGUGGUAAAAAUCCCUGAUUCUUUUUUUUUUUAGGAUCAUCUCUGCCUAAAUUGAGUAAGGUUUACAUGUUCCCCCUCUUUCUUUAACUUUCCUGCUCAAAACCAUUGUUCUUUAUUAUUAUUAUUAUUAUUAAUAUUAUUAUUAUUAUUAUUGGUAGGGUUUGCCCAAGCCCUUUUUUCUUAAAAGAAAAAAAGGAAAAAAAAUUUAAAAAAUUGUCUUUAAGUUUAGACCAAAAAAGUGAGCAUGUUCAAUUAAAACAAAGAUAAGCUUCAUUUUCUCCCUCUCCCCACAUUAUCUUUUUUUUUCCUGUUAAGAAAUAGGCUAGCCUGUAAAAAUAUGUUUUGGGUCACUUCGAAUGAACUAAAUAAACUGGAGUUCAGGCUCCAUGCAAUAGAUUUAAACUUAACUAUAUUGAGCCUCAUCAAGGUACAGGGAACAUGUGUCCCCCUCACCCGUGCAUCCUUGCCAUGUGUAUGACUUCACCUGGGGGCCACUUCUAUCCAUCUCUUCUUGUUUGAGUGACACAGUUUCCUUUUGUUCUGUGUGUCACUAACAGAGCAUUGACUUUGAUAGGGUAUUCCCCCUCCCAUAGCAAGAUACUAUUUUUAGUGUUUUGUACAUCCUGCCAACCUUCACCCUGAACCACAGUACACCUGGAGUUCCAGGGGAACGGGGAGUUGUCCUUUGUGUGCUCCAAGCUGCUUUCCUCAAUGAUAUAAAUUGGGGAACUAUAAUGGGGUCGUAAAGCUCUGUUGAAAUUAAAAAGCCCUCCUCACAAGUGGUUCCUACACCAGUGACAUUAGUUUGAAUUGGAGAUUCUGUGAAAGUCUUGGACAACCACUGUUGAAGUUCCCAUAGGAGAUAACUUCUGGCGCAUUGCAUUUGUUGCCAAAAUAGUGACCCCAAAUUAAGAGCUGUGAACUAGAACGCUAGCUUCUAUAGGCAUUUUUCUGUUUUGUUUUUCUUUUGGCUGGAGCUCAGGGGUACUGAUGUGAAACUGAGUCGAAGAACUAUUGAAAUUAUCAGGGUUUGGCUCCCCCACCGCUCAGACUUAUCUGACUUUUGAGAUGCCUUCCAAGCAAACUUCUGACUAACUUCUGGUAUCAGUUGAGAUUUGCUCUGCUGUAUUCUAGCCUUUGCCAUCCUUUCUGAUAAAAGCAGGGCAACACCAAAUCCUUCCUUUCCCCAGACUCUCCACUCUUCCUGUUGCAGUCACAAAGCAACAGCGAUUGUCUCCAUUCCAUGCCACAGCUUGUGUGAAGGGUCCCUUCACGCACCUUCCCCAUUACUGUCUGACUGGAAUAGACCAUGUUUAAGCAUUAGUGUGACCAACUCCAGUGGGUGGCAGAAGAGGCCCAAGUUAAAGCAUGCUGUGUUAGGGCAUACGGAAGACCUUUUGCUGAGCCAAGAUGGUGGGUGAAUACCAAGUGUUAGCUUAACCUCAACAGAGGCAUACAACCACUUGGGCAGCUGGCCUUUUGUGGCAUCCAUUUGUAUAAUGAGGUGGAUUUUGCCACUCCUGCCUUCUUAGUUGGGUGGUGGCCAAUGUGAGGCAGAAUUCUCAUAGAUGCCACAGGAACAGAAGCCCUUGUGUUCCUUAUGGUAAGUUACCACUUGGUAAACAUCAAUCUGUAUUUUCUCCAAAGAGGAGCGCAAAGUUGUAGGUGCAGUACAGAGUAAAAGUAUACCUUGAUUCCCUCAGAAUUUUUAUUAGAGUCAAUAGUUGUGUGUGAUGAGGGGGUGAUGGUGGAGGUGUUAGGAUUGAUUUUUUUGUUUUGUUUUGUUUUGGGUUGAAGUUUUGGAGUCUUCUAGUUUCGGAACCUCUUUAAAAAAUUUCUAAAGGAGCCUCCUUUUAUUUUAUUUUUUCCCCUCAGCACUUAAACAAUACGACAAAAAGUCUGUGUACAGCGCAAGUAUUGUACAAAAUUGAAAAAAGAGUUUCCUUUCUUUUGCAAAAAAAUAGCUGUAGAACUGUGUUCCAUAUGUGAAUUAUGACUUUUUUUCCAAAUUGUGACAAUAAUAAUGAAAACCUAAUAAUACUCAAAACUUCAGGGACUGUUCAGGGCCCAUUUGGAGGGCUUGGACACUCAACUGCAUUUGUACGACAUAGUAUUGUAUCAGGCAUUUUCUGUAUUUUAAUGAAAAAAGCAAAAACACUAGUUUCAUAUUUAAGAUUUUAAGAGUUCUAAGGUGGGGUGGGGAGGGAAUUGUUUUUUUUUUGUUCUGUGUUUUUUAUUUUAUUUUAAAAUUUUCUUUCUCUCUCUCUCUCUUUUUUUUGGAGAUACACAAAGAGCCUCAUGAGGAAUUUUUUAAAGGUGUAAAAAAAUUAAAAAUAAAAAGCAGAGGCCAGGCAGCUUAACUAUAUAUAUAUAUGCUUUAGUCCAUUAGAUCCAGAAUGUUUUCGGAGUAACAGGAGAGGAAAAUGAAAGUAGCAAAAAAAUUGUAUUAAAAAUAGCUCAUACCCAAAUUCACAAAAUAUUUUUUAAACCAAAGCACAUUUUGAAUGAAUAUGGAAACCUCACUUGGCUCAGAAAAAAAUAUUAAUAUAUUUAUCUCAUUGUUUACAUAAACUUUUACAGUUUCAGACCUCAACAGAUCUGGGGCCAGUCAAAAUUAAUUGCUGUUUUUUUCCAUUGGUUCACUGUUAAAAAGCUGUUGAAAUUAGAACAAUUGGUUUUUGUUUUCUCCCCAAGAAAUCUCAUCAGUUUUGUAAGUGGUAACCUGCAUUCCAGCACACUUGAGGAUAUUUUCUGGUGUCAGUCAAGGAAAUGAGUAUCUUGAAAUCUUCAAGCAGUCACUGUCCUGUAAAGAGCAAAAAAUAUCUUUCCAUUUAGAGAGUUGGGGAUAGGCUGUGUUAAGGAACGAGGGGAUUGCUUUAAAAACCCCAACCACGAUGUAACCAAAACAAAUCGUACCUCUUUGUCAUCAAUAUAUAUGGUGCUAGACUGAAGGGGGUUGACAGAAAGAGAGAGAGAGAAUGUAGAUUGAUAUUCCUUCAAAACAAUCAGAUAUCAGGAGGAGGAAUGACAAAAGAUGGAGAAAGCCAACAGGAAGCUGUCAUUAGAAAGCAGGAAAUACGGAUGCUUCACAUUGGCUGUUAAGGGCUCAGCUACUGUUCUGCUUUCUAGCCCUUCCUUAAUGGGGGGAUUGCCAAAAAAAAAAGUAGCCUUGUGCUACUCUGAGGAGCCACGAAGAUUACACAAGACACCAAAGAGCUUGUGGCAAGCAGCUUUAUCUUAGGCAUUAGUUUUAGAAAGUUGUAUCAUGGACCUCAUCCAGCCUUUUUGCCCUACUUUGGAAUGUCUAGCAGUAUUAAAGGGCUUACUGAUCAAAGAGAGACCAGCCUUGGGUAGGUGGAGGGAGGUAGCCUGUUGGCCAGGUUCCUUCCCUGGAUUCAAAUGUGUGUAGCCAUGCACACCAAAUUGUUGGGAUUGUGUCUCAACUCUCCUUAAACCUGAUGAGGUUCAUUAGGGGGCUGUUCCAUGCAAGUAUAAGAAAGUGUGAGACCACCCAUUCCAGGUUGCAAUCUACUGUAGCUCCCAGGAGGUGAUGUGGCUCACAUGGUCUUGCACUCUGGAAGACCUGAUCUAUAAAGGAAAGACCCACUGGAAGUCCAUCCCAAGGUCCAACAGGGUCUUCUUGUGCACUAUUCCCCUCUUGUGAUAUCUUCUAGCUGAAACCUUGGUUCCCUGGUUCAAGUUAUAGUAUGUGUGAAAAAGCUUCUUUCCUAAACAAUUUUUUUUAAAAAGUAUUUCCAGGUUAAAAAGGCAUGCUUAUUUUUGCAACUUUAGAUAAAUUAUCACUUGAAGUUCUCUCUCCCAGUUAUCCCCAAUAGGCAAUUCUGUUUAAAUCUGUUCAUUCUUUUUUUUUUUACACCAAAGCCAUCUCAUUUCCCCCCCUCUUUCAAAUAAAAUAUAUAUAUAUAUCUUAAUGAAAGAAGGCUGAUGGAAAACAAAACUAUUAAUUUUGUCUGGUCUUGAUAUCUAACAAAGAUGGUGCAAACACUAUUUGACAGUGUUGUUUUUUGUAUCAAUAUGUAUGUGCAGUAAUGAAUGUAUUUAUUUCUCAAGAUUCUGUAUGCACACUUUUGCAAUGAAACUCAGAGCAUUUGCAACACACAAAAGAUGUGUCCGCAGGGUCUUCGCUACAGGAUUUCAAAAAAAGAAAAAAAAAUCCAAAAAAAGUGGAAAAAUAAUAAUAAAAAAAACUUCUCAGAGACUCACAGCAUAGCCAUAAACCAUAACCUGUGAAGACAAUACAAAGACUGGACUUUUGUAGCUUUUUGCAUAGAAGAGGAAUUUUUUUUGUUUUGCUGUAUUUAAAUGUUUCCAGUUAUGAUGUCACUCUUAUACAAGUUCCUGUCCCUUUCCCCCCCUUUUUGUGUGUGUGUGUGUGUGUAUGCGUGUGGGGUGGGUGGGUACAUGUGUGCAUCUGUGAAUGUGUGCAAAGCGCUGGUUUCAAGCAGUGCUGGUUCAAAGUCUGGAUUAGCAGUAUUUUUUUUACUAUGUCACUUCUGUUCUAAAAUGCAGGAAUGUCAUUCCAAAGGAGAAACACUUAGGGCUUCUGCUAAGCAAAGGUAAAGCCGAUCGUUUUUUGAGCAUGUGUAUUUGUGUGCACAUUGAGAUUGUCCCAGCAAAACUAGAGAGGAGAAAACGCAGGUGGAAGUUGAACGAACCGCACUGGUGCUUGGUUGGGAAAAGUCCAAACACCUUACAGCCUUCUCUUCUUCAAUGUUUACAGUGUAAGCAAUAAUAGCUGUUUUUGGUAUAGACACAAGACUCCAAAGAGAUAGGUGUGCCAAAUACAUCGCAUGUACCAGGAGCACAUGUGGAUGCUGAGAAUCCCACCAAAGUGACGGGCUCUGUAGUGUUUUCAUUCCACCACAUGCCCAAAUGUUGCUUGUAUCUGGGGCAGAUGCUCACAGUCAUUGUUUCCAUACUGCUCUGCAGUUGUCCUGCUGCAGUGUUGUGGGGUUGUCAGUUUUGGGAGUUUGAUACAUUGGGUUACAGCAGGUCUUUUUUUCCUUGAGCACACCAUGCAGUCAAGCCAAUAGCAGUAAUUCUGCUACAUGAAAAGCCCUUAGGCAGAACACUGCGUUUGUGAAAUGCCUUGAGUUACUUUCUGAAGUCCUCAUAUUCUGAGUCUCACCAAGUAUAUUCAUCAUCAUUGCCAGUAAAAUCCCAGUCCUAAGGCUUAAGCUAACAUCAUAAGCUUUCCAAUUGAGUCUUAAGAACCAAAGUAGGCACUGGACCCAGGUACAUGUAACAUUUUGACCCAACAGCACCUUUAAAAGAAAAAGGUAACUCAGAAGAUUAGGAUCAGAGGAGGCAUACGUCAUCCUUUCGUGCGAAUCAUCUUGUCUCAGCAUUUUCUCUUGCACGGUUCCAACUACACAUUGGAACGUAUAGAACCUCACAGUGGGAAAGAUAUUGGAUAGUGGUAGUUAGGAUUCAGGGCAGAGAAAUGGCAGCCCAGGCCAAGUAUUAAGAACAUUCUCACGUGCAAUACAUAUGUUGCUUGGCCAGCCCCAGUUGCCUACUUAGAAGACACAUGUUCACAAUGGGUCUCACCUUUUUCCCCCCACUUAAUGGCUUUAUCAAAAGAUAAAAACCUUUUUGUUAAACAUUGGAACCUUAACACCCAGCAUAUAGACAUGGGGUCGGUUGGGCUCAAAAGGCAGUUGCGUUCACUUGGAAGUUGCGAUAUUAGCUAAGGUCACAGAUCCAUAAAAAUUACCGCUGAAAGGAAGACAGGCACAGUUUUGUCAGCUUCCGCCUCACCACUUGCAGUGCAUAUUUAUGACGCUCAAAUGAAUUGCAUGCUUGUAAAACAUAGGCCAAAUUCUCUGACAUGACUGUAAAUGAAAGGUCUUUUCAGGACAGCUAUAUAACUUGUUCUUGUCACCCUAGUCUCAAAACCUGAUUGUAGCAACUCUAGGCUGGGCUUCUCUGUUUGGCUCCUUUUAAUUCCAAGCAUUCAGGUGAAGCUGGCCACCAUUUUCUUUUUCUCUCUCUCUUUCUAGAAGAGUUUCCAAAUAAACUUUCUUCUCUUGGAAUGGAAGAUGCCGCUGGGAUUUGGAGCAAAAGAACUCCAUCCUCUUCUGGGCUUCCUUUUUUGGAGAGUGUAGCUUCAUACCUGCAGGGGGAAAGAACCCCCUUUCUACCUCACUCAUACCUCCAGUGGACGUUGCAAUACUCUUACUGUAUCUCUCAGAGCUCUUGGGAAAGAUUUGGAGGAUAGGGUCACCAGGUUGAUGAUGUCUCAGUCUUUCUGCCCCCGACACUUUGUCCCGGCUGCCUUGAGUUACAGACAACAUUGACCAUGUGGUGUGGGUGUGCACUGACAGCUAUAUCUCGUAGCUUGUGUUGGAUUGAACAGGCAAGUCCUAGGUUAGGGCAAGGCAUGCUGGGGAGAACCUCAGCAAUCUAGUUCAUAGGUUUUGCUUUUUUACAAAUUAAUGGAGUAAGUGCAGUUUCUUUUAUUACUUCAUCCCUUAAAAGUUAAGUAUCACUAUAAUUAAAAAAAAGUGUUGAUUGAGGAAAUGUAUAAUUUUACAUAGAGGAGGGGGAAGGCAAAUUUGUUUAGCAUAUUUUAAAGACCUAACUGGAAAAACAUCUAUGUAUCCCUCCUUUUUAAGCCUUAACUACGUCUGACCAAGAGCCCCAGGUGUUUCUUGAAGCGGAGCUGACAUUCCUAUUGUGAUGUUCUGUUCAUUUCCUCCAAGAGCUUGAAUUCAGGUCAGAGUUGCAGGUUGCUGCAGCUUAACUCAAGUGUCAUAUUGGGAAAAUAAAAAGUGAAAAUACAGAAAUUAUAAUAUGAUCUCAGCAUUCGGAAAUUUGCAGUCUUAAUGUACAGUGAUGAGAAACUGUUAUUUUAUGAACUUUUCAUUAAAAGGUUGAUUGAAAAUUAAA